CAGACGCUCAGAACUGAAACAAUGAGUGGCUGAGAACUAGAAGUCGCGGGACCCUCCCCUCGCCGUGGCAUCCAUCUCGGGCUCCGGCGGCGCGCGGGUGGGGCGCGGGCCUCGCACCACCUCCCUGGGCGCCGGGCCUCCCGGAGCGCCGCGCGCAGCCGGAGCUGCGAGCCCUGGGCGCAGAGGGCAGGCCGCGCCGCCGCAGCCCGCCGCUCGAGAGGGGGCGUCGGACUCUGCCUGCCGCCCGCUGAGAUGUGACCCGACCCGGCCGCCCAUGUGGGGCCCCCGACCCCCAGCGAGGUCGGCGGCGCGAGGGGCCAGGGCGCUGGGCUGCCCCGCCCUGCCGCUGUUGCUGCCGCCGCUGUUGCUGCUUGCGGCCGCGCCGUCGGGACGCGCAGUUCCCUGUGUCUCUGGUGGUUUGCCUAAGCCUACAAAUAUCACAUUCUUAUCUAUAAACAUGAAGAAUAUCCUGCAGUGGAGUCCUCCAGAGGGCCUACAAGGAGUGGAAGUUACUUACACGGUGCAGUAUUUCAUAUAUGGGCAAAAGAAAUGGCUGAAUAAAUCCGACUGCAGAAAUAUCAAUAGGACCUACUGUGAUCUUUCGGCUGAAACUUCUGACUACGAACAUCAAUAUUAUGCCAAAGUUAAGGCCAUGUGGGGAACAAAUUGUUCCAAAUGGGCAGAAACUGGACGAUUCUAUCCUUUCUUAGAAACACAAAUUGGCCCACCAGAGGUUGCUUUGACUACUGAUGAGAAAUCCAUUUCUAUUGUUCUGACGGCUCCAGAGAAGUGGAAGGAAAAUCCAGAAGAAAGUUCUGUCUCCAUGAAACAAAUAUACUCUAAUCUGAAGUAUAAUGUGUCUGUAUAUAACACUAAAUCAAACAGAACGUGGUCCCACUGUGUUACCAACCACACGCUGGUGCUCAGCUGGCUGGAGCCGGACACUCUGUACUGCGUCCACGUGGAGUCCUUUGUCCCAGGGCCUCCUCGCCUUGCUCAGCCUUCCGAGAAGCAGUGUGUCAGUACUUUGAAAGAUCAAACAUCAGCAUUGAAGGUUAAAAUCAUCUUCUGGUAUGUUUUGCCCAUAUCUGUUACCGUGUUUAUUUUUUUUGUGAUGGGCUUCUCCAUGUACAGAUACAUCCAUGUUGGCAAAGAGAAACACCCAGCAAAUUUGAUUUUGAUUUAUGGAAAUGAACUUGAAAAAAAAUUCUUUGUACCUGCUGAAAAAAUUGUGAUUAACUUUAUCACCCUCAAUAUUUUGGAAGAUCCUAAAACUUCUCAUAAGGAUAUAAGUGUAAUGGAAAAAAGCAACGAUGUAUCGGACCUGAAUGAGCCCAGCGAGGACCAAGAGCCCCAUCAGGAAGAAAUGGCGGUGAAGCACUUAGGGUAUGCUUCACAUUUGGUGGACAUUCUCUGUGACUCUGAGGAAAGCACCAACGGGACUUCCCUAACCCAGCAAGAGUUACUCAGCAGAACGAUACCCACAGAUCAAACGGUCACUGAAUAUGAAUAUGAUGUAAGAACUAUUGGCGUUUGUGUGGGGCCUGGAGACCAAGAGCUCACUUUGCAGGAGGAGGUGUUCCUACAAGGAAAAUCAUUUGAGCACCAGGCAGCUUUGAUGGACACAGUCCCACAAACACUACUGUAUUCAUAUACUCCUCAGCUCAGAGACUUGGACCACCUGCCACAGGAGCACAGCGACAUGGACGAGGAGCUAGAGGGAGAGCCACCAACCACGCUGGUCAACUGGGACCCUUGGACGGGCAGACUACAUAUACCUUCAUUAUCCAGCUUUGAACAUGACUCAGGAGGAUAUGAGUAUCCUGAGUACAAGGAGCUCACAGAUGAGGAGGGCCUGUUGUCUAGACUCUAUGAGCAGCAGGCUCCAGACAAGCCACCGGCAGAAGAUGAAAUCUAUCUCAUGCAGUUCUUGGAGGAGUGGGGAUUAUAUGUACAGAUGGAAGACUAAUGCCCAAACUUGCCUCUGCCAGACCCCUAUUGCUCAAAGCACAUGAGUGUACAUGUAUGUGUGACCAAACAAUAAAGUACCUAGGAUGAAAGAAGU